CUUCUAUUUUCAUCGCCAGGGGAAGGCCAUGUCAUGUACAGAGAGAAAGACAGCUUGAAGACAGAAUUCAGUUCCUCGCCGGAGCCAUUGCCGUUAGCAUUGUUCAACCAAAUUCCUACUCUCUCUCGGGUUUCGCGGGAUCUUAAUAAUAACACUCUUUUCACAACGCGGGGUUUUGAGUGAAGUGUUUGGGAAUGGUUAGAAGGCUGAUUGUUGGGCGUUGAAGUGAGGAAAUGGAUUCUGCAAGGAGUUGGCUUCAGAAGUUCCAGCCUCGAGAUAAAACCAGGGCUGGUGCGAAGAAAAAGGAGGAGGAGGAGGAUAGUAAUGGAGGAAACCAGGAUUUGAGUGCAGCAGUGGAUGAAGCAGCGCUUUCCAGUGUCACCAAGCAGAAGGUGGCAGCAGCAAAGCAGUACAUUGAAAACCAUUACAAGGAGCAAAGGAAGAACCUUCAGGAGAGGAAGGAGCGUCGAACCAUCUUGGAAAGGAAGUUGGCUGAUGCUGAUGUCUCCGAGGAGGAUCAAAACAAUCUGCUUAAAUUUUUAGAGAAAAAGGAAACUGAAUAUAUGCGCCUUCAGAGGCAUAAGAUGGGUGUUGAUGAUUUUGAGUUAUUAACAAUGAUUGGAAAAGGUGCAUUUGGGGAGGUCAGAGUCUGUAGGGAGAAGACAAGCGGUCAUGUAUAUGCAAUGAAGAAGCUUAAAAAAUCAGAGAUGCUUCGCAGAGGCCAGGUUGAGCAUGUUAAAGCUGAAAGGAAUCUCCUUGCAGAGGUUGACAGCAAUUGCAUUGUCAAACUUUAUUGUUCUUUUCAGGAUGAUGAAUAUUUGUAUCUUAUUAUGGAGUACCUACCGGGUGGGGAUAUGAUGACUCUACUUAUGAGAAAGGAUACCUUGACUGAAGAUGAAGCCAGAUUUUAUGUAGGAGAAACAAUUCUGGCCAUCGAAUCUAUACAUAAACACAAUUAUAUACAUAGGGAUAUCAAGCCAGACAACUUAUUACUUGAUAGAUAUGGACACUUGAAAUUGUCAGAUUUUGGACUUUGUAAACCAUUAGAUUGUAGUACACUUGAAGAAAAGGAUUUUUCUGUGGGUCAGAAUGUGAAUGGAUCUACACAAAAUGAAGAGCGCACAGCUCCCAAACGCUCACAACAAGAACAACUGCUACAUUGGCAAAUGAACAGGAGGACACUUGCUUAUUCCACAGUUGGUACACCAGAUUAUAUUGCCCCAGAAGUUCUUUUAAAGAAAGGUUAUGCGAUGGAAUGUGAUUGGUGGUCACUCGGAGCUAUUAUGUACGAAAUGUUGGUGGGAUAUCCACCUUUUUAUUCUGAUGAUCCGAUGUUAACUUGUAGGAAGAUAGUAAAUUGGAAAACUUACCUGAAAUUUCCUGAAGAAGCUAGGCUAUCCCCAGAAGCUAAAGAUCUUAUUAGUAAACUUCUGUGCAAUGUCAAUCAAAGGCUGGGGUCAAAAGGUGCAUAUGAAAUAAAGGCUCAUCCAUUCUUCGAAGGUGUUGACUGGGAUAAGUUGUAUCAAAUGGAAGCUGCAUUUAUUCCUGAGGUUAAUGAUGAGUUAGAUACUCAGAAUUUUGAAAAGUUUGAUGAGUCUGACAGCCAAACUCAAUCGUCAUCAAGAUCUGGUCCAUGGAGGAAGAUGCUUUCGUCUAAGGACUUGAAUUUUGUUGGAUACACAUACAAGAACUUUGAAAUUGUCAACGAUUAUCCAGUUCCUGGGAUGGCUGAACUGAAGAAGAAACCGUCCAAGCCAAAGAGGCCAUCCAUCAAAUCACUUUUUGAAACACCAGAAGAGACUGAUAUGUCUGCAAAUAAUGAAGGAAGCUUUUUAAAGCUCUUGCCCCCCCAGUUAGAGGUAUCAUCUCAUCGUGACAAGAAUCUUCCUCCCAGGCCCUAACAAGCCAAUCACGUGAUCUAUCCAGUCUGACACUGUAGGAAUCAUAACACAUAGCAUUUUCACUAUUUCCACCCUUAAAAUACCAUUCUUCUUCGUUUACACUAAUGCCUUGGACCAGUCUCUUGUCACUGGCCACAACUAUUGAUUUGUACAUCACUUACUUCGUCUUCGUUGCUACACUAAACAGAUACCCAAUGUCAAUGAAUACUACUGGCUACCAUGUAUAUUCGCCUUCUCUUUUGCGUUAAUGAUAGCAAAGCAUUUAUCCCUGUAAUAUUGGAGUGUAAUGACUGAUAAAUUAUUUACCAGAACCAGACCUGUUUGAAUUUAUUUUAACUGCCAAUAAUCUGCA